GGUGUGCGGGCCCUGGCCUCCCGGCGGCUGCAGCCGGGAGCCUGCAGGGCGCGCGCUGGGCGCCGGCGAGCGGCUCGCGGAGGCUCGGGCAGCAGGAGGAGCGUGUGAGCUGUGGGCGUCCCUUUAAGAGCGGCCGUCCGAGCCGGCCUCCGCCUCUCAGUCCGCCGAGCGCCGCCGGUCACCUGAGGCUCCCAGGGCAACCGGCUGGCGGCAGGGCCGGCGAUCUCGCCCGCGGAGCCGGGAGACGGGGCCUGGACGCCAAGCGCCCGGAGCCGACUGCGAGCGUGGCCGGCCGGCGCCCGUCCGCGGCGGAGGAUGCGGGAGCGCAUCUGGGCGCAGCUGCCGCUGCUGCUGCCCUGGCUACUGCUGCCGCCGCCGCUGUGGGGCGGCCCCCCUGACGGCCAGUGCCCGGAGCGCGAGCCCGAACCCGGGCCUCUGCAGCCCUUCGACCUGCUCUACGCCAGCGGCGUGGCCGCCUACUACAGCGGGGACUACGAGGUGGCCGUGCGCGACCUAGAAGCGGCGCUGCGCAGCCACCGGCGCCUGCGGGAGAUCCGCGCACGCUGCGCCCGCCACUGCGCCGCGCGCCGCCCGCUCGUGCCCCCCGGCGCUGGCCCGGGGGCCGAGCUACCCUUCUUCCGCGCCCUGCUUGAGCGGGCGCGCUGCUACCGCAGUUGCCAGAGCCAGCGCCUCGGGGGCCCCGCGUCCCGCCACCGCGCCAGCGAGGAUGUGCGCAGCGACUUCCAGCGCCGAGUGCCCUACAACUACCUGCAGCGGGCCUACAUCAAGCUUAACCAGCUGGAAAAGGCAGUGGAAGCAGCGCACACAUUUUUCAUGGCCAACCCUGAGCACAUGGAAAUGCAGCAGAACAUCAAGAAUUACAGAACGAUGGCGGGCGUUGAAGACCUCCAGCUGGUAGAUCGGGAUGCCAAACCACACCUGGAGAGUUACAGUGAAGGAGUUAAACAUUAUGAGGCAGAUGACUUUGAACUAGCUAUCAAGUACUUUGAACAAGCUUUAAGAGAAUAUUUCAAUGAAGAUACGGAGUGCAGAGCCCUGUGUGAGGGGCCUCAGAGAUUUGAGGAAUAUGAGUACUUAGGGUAUAAAGCUGGUCUCUAUGAAGCCAUUGCAGAUCACUAUGUGCAGGUGCUGGUUUGUCAGCAUGAGUGUGUGAGGGAACUUGCCACCCGCCCUGGCCGCCUCUCACCAAUCGAGAACUUUCUUCCCCUACAUUAUGACUACCUACAGUUUGCCUACUAUCGAGUUGGCGAAUAUGUGAAAGCCUUGGAGUGUGCCAAGGCCUAUCUUCUACUCCAUCCGGAUGACGAGGAUGUCAGAGACAAUGUGGAUUACUAUGAGAGUCUGCUGGACGACAGCACUGACCCAGCAUCUAUCCAGGCCAGAGAGGAUUUGGCGAUGUUUGUGAAGCAUCAUAACCUGGAAUCAGAACUAAUAAAAUCAGCUGCAGAGGGUCUGGGAUUUUCAUACACUGAGCCGAAUUAUUGGAUUCAAUAUGGAGGACGACAGGCUGAGAAUCAGGUCCCUUCAGGAGUGAAUGUGGAGGGGACAGAAGUUCAUGGAUUAUCAACGCGGAAAAAGUCAUCACCCAAGAUAGACCGAGACCUAAGAGAGGGUGGCCCCCUGCUUUAUGAGAACAUCACGUUCGUCUACAACUCCGAGCAGCUGAACGGGACUCAGCGUGUCCUCCUGGAUAACGUCCUGUCGGAAGAACAGUGCCGGGAGUUGCACAGCGUUGCUAGUGGAAUCAUGCUUGUUGGUGAUGGAUACAGAGGAAAAACUUCACCCCAUACACCCAAUGAAAAGUUUGAAGGUGCAACUGUCCUGAAAGCACUCAAAUUUGGCUAUGAAGGCCGAGUCCCCCUGAAGAGUGCCCGUCUGUUUUAUGACAUCAGCGAGAAGGCUCGAAAGAUUGUCGAAUCCUAUUUCAUGCUGAACUCAACCCUGUAUUUUUCCUAUACACACAUGGUCUGCCGCACAGCCCUGUCUGGUCAACAGGAUAGAAGAAAUGACCUCAGUCAUCCCAUCCAUGCUGACAACUGCCUGUUGGAUCCAGAGGCCAAUGAAUGCUGGAAGGAGCCCCCUGCUUACACAUUCCGGGACUAUAGUGCUCUCCUAUAUAUGAAUGAUGACUUUGAAGGAGGAGAAUUCAUAUUCACGGAGAUGGAUGCCAAGACUGUGACUGCCUCUAUAAAACCAAAGUGUGGGCGUAUGAUCAGCUUCUCAUCUGGAGGAGAGAACCCGCAUGGGGUGAAGGCAGUCACCAAGGGCCAGAGGUGUGCAGUGGCUCUGUGGUUUACCUUGGACCCACUCUACAGAGAAUUGGAGCGAAUACAGGCCGAUGAAGUGAUCGCGAUCCUGGAUCAAGAACAGCAAGGGAAGCACAAACCAAAUAUCAACCCCAAAGAUGAGCUAUAAAAAUGAGAAAAAGAGUAUUCUAUCAGAUAUUUAUUUAAAUUGUUAAUCUUAUGAGAACCUUUUUAUUUUUGUACAGAGCCAUGGUAUAAAUUAACAGGUUAAUAUGAGUCACCAGAUCUCCCUUCUGUGCCUAAGGAUGCUUGCUUUGCCCCUCUCGGUCUUUCUGUCUUGGUUUUUCAGCAGGUCAUCUCUCAAAGCCCAGUCAUGCCCUCCCCACCACAUACACACACACACACACACACACACACACACACACACACACACAAUUCAUUUGCUGUAGAUCCUAAAACUCAAGCAGAAAGAGUAAGUCCAUUCUUGGCGAAACAACAGUUCCCAGACAUGCCCACUUCUAAAGUUGGCAUGUGAUUUGGACUCAGAAGGCCUUCCUGGCUCUGUGCCUUUCAGCCACCAUCUCCCCCAGGGCUGAUGGCCAUGAGUUUGACUCUGAGGAGUCUCUGGUGAGGUCAGAACUGCUUCAGGUAUUGCUGGCUUGAGGGCCCCCAGGCUCUGCAAAGGAAUGACUCUGAUGACGACUGCAUGAGAAGGAGGAGCUCAGCCUUCCCAGGGCCCGGGUGGAGUUUUUGACUCUGGUGUUUUCAGCAGAGAGCGCCGUUACACUGGAAACUUCCGUUCGCCCUCCAGCCGGGUGCCAGAAAGGACUGCCCGAGGAGUUGUGUCUUUAAAAAGGUUGUACAGGGGUUGAAGUGGAAUGGCUCUUCAUCCCAGUGACUUUGGAAGGAAAUCUUUAAUUGCACCUGAAUCAGGGCACCAUGGCCAAGUUGCCAUGGGGAGAGUGGGGUCCACUGUUGAGAAGGUGUGUUUUGUUCUUCAGGAAGAAGAAAAUGAUUUUGGAUGGAUUCCACUCUCCAUCUGCAUAUAUUUUGGGGGUCCCUUUGGUGCUCUCCAGCUCACGGAUUUUAGUGCUUGUAUCUGAUUUUUUAAAUAAAGGGAGCCUUCUUUUAAUA